GCCUCCCAGGCCUCCAGGCCCAAGGUCAGCAUUCCCCUCUCAGCCAUCAUCGAGGUGCGCACCACCAUGCCCCUGGAGAUGCCGGAGAAAGACAACACGUUCAUCCUCAAGGUGGAGAACGGAGCAGAAUACAUCCUGGAGACCAUCGAUUCCCUGCAGAAGCACUCAUGGGUCGCUGACAUCCAGGGCUGUGUGGACCCUGGCGACAGUGAGGAAGAUAUCGAGCUGUCCUGUGCCCGGGGAAGCUGUCUAGCCAGCCGCGUGGCCUCCUGCAGCUGUGAGCUCCUGACGGAUGCAGCUGACCUGCCCCAGCCGCCGGAGACGUCAGCCGCCGUGGGUGCGGUGGUGACAGCCCCACACAGACGAGCUCGAGAUGCCGUCAGAGAGUCCCUGGUCCAUGUCCCACUAGAGACCUUCCUACAGACCCUGGAAUCGCCGGGCGGCGGUGGCAGCGACAGCAAUAACCCAGGGGAGGAGGGAACAGAGCCGGAUCCCGAGGCUGAGCCCGACCUGGAGCUCUCUGACUACCCCUGGUUCCACGGGACGCUGUCCCGGGUCAAGGCAGCGCAGCUGGUGCUGGCGGGUGGACCCCGAAGCCACGGCCUCUUCGUGAUCCGCCAAAGUGAGACCCGGCCUGGGGAGUACGUGCUGACUUUCAACUUCCAGGGCAAGGCCAAGCACCUGCGCCUGUCCCUGAACGGCCACGGCCAGUGCCACGUACAGCACCUGUGGUUCCAGUCUGUGCUCGACAUGCUCCGCCACUUCCACACGCACCCCAUCCCCCUGGAGUCAGGGGGCUCUGCGGACAUCACCCUGCGCAGCUACGUGCGGGCCCAGGGCCCUCCGCCUGGAGGCAAAGGUGCAAAUCCAGAGGCUCUGCCCUGUCCCUGGGGAGAGGCCUGCAUGAAGCUGGAUGAGGGGAAAGAAGGAGCCAAAGAGGCAUGUAUGGGUUCUGUGGGGGUCCCCGGGCACCAGAGGAGGGAGAGGCCCUUCCACCAGUGGACCAUAGGGCCCUUCAACCUUGGGGGUCCAAGAUCAGGGUCAGGGAAGUGUUUUAGUGACUCAAGCCGGGAGCUCUCGAGGAUGGUGGUCAUGCUCAGGGUGGCCUGA